AUGACCAGCUCAAGCGUCAACCCUGAAGCCCUGCUCGCAGGAUUCGAAAAUGCGGGAGGAUGGUACGACAAAGAGCUCUUCUCCCUGGCGGAGAUUCCCGAGAUGGGCAUCGGCGCAGCGGAUGAUCCACUCUUCAGGAUACCACCCUCCGUCAUACUGUCACCCAUCACCUCAACUCUCAAAGACGAGCUCAAGCCGGAGGAAUGGGAAAGUCUGAACAGCUGGGCCCGGCUCAUCCUCGUUAUGAUGUGGGAGACUGCGCGCGGAGCAGAGAGCCCUUGGUCUUGCAUGCCUACGAGCUUUGACACUCCCAUGUUCUGGCCAGAGUCGGAUCAACAAUAUCUAGCUGGAACGGACAUUGAGCACCGGAUCGGACGUGCCGAAGCCGAAGAGUUAUAUAAAGACGUUCUCUCGCCGCUCAUCGAGGCUCGACCGGACGUGUUUAGUCAGGCGGAAAGCUUUUAUACUGUCGACGCGUUCCACGUCCAGGGAUCCCGGAUUCUCUCCCGCUCGUUCAACCUCCCAGACCCUGACGAUGAGGACGAAGAGGAAGAGAUUGUCGCUAUGAUACCCAUGGCGGACACACUCAACGCUGCUAGUGGAUGUAACAACGCACGACUGUUCGACGAGGACGCGGAUCACACGAUGAUGAGCAUCAAGCCUAUCCCUGCCGGUGCACAGAUCUACAACACAUACUCUGAGCUACCAAACUCUGAGCUGCUCCGCAAGUACGGCUACGUCUCUUUGCACCAGCUCGACUCGGAUACCACCGCCACCCUCGCCAAGCACGACCUGCUCCUCGACUGGCUGAUGGGCAAUCCAUCUGACGAGGUCCACAUAGACGGUGAUCGGAUACUUCAUUUUGCGGGACUCAUGCGGGAAGGACUGGAUAUGACGGAUCGGAUAGACUGGUGGCUUGACGAGGGGCAAGAUGACUCCUUCAGUGUGACCACGGAAGGCGUGGAAGAGGCUUACCAUGCCUUCGCUCGCUUGCUCCUCAGCGAUACACACUGGCAGAAGGCGAAGAAGCGCGGGAAGCUACCGGAAGCUCACUCGGACCCUGAGACGGUGUCGCUCUUGCGGCAAGUCAUUGACGAUCGGCUGUCUCGAUAUCCCGCUUCCUUGGCAGAUGAUGUUACCGCGGUCAAGCAAAGUCCACCGCCGAGCGUCAAAGCUGCUCUGGCUGUGAGGAUAGGAGAACAGCGGGCCCUUCUCGCUACCAAAGCGGAAUGUCAGGUCGAGGAGGUAGCUCAGGUGGAACCGGUCAAAAAGAAGGUGAAACGUUCAUGA